UUCAAACUCUGUGAUGUAGAAUUUUAUUAUGAACAUACCGGAAUAUAAAAUAUGGUAAAAUUGAAAAGGACAAAGUGUUAAAAUGUGUAAAAAUGAGAAGAACGUGUCAUGGGAGACGGAGGCACUUAUGGGUGCAAAGCCUGAAUCGAGAUGGAGCAAUUUCUGUCCAAGAGAAGCCUUGUCCCAUGUUGGUUUAUUCGUUGCGUUAAUGCUGUACACAGCUGGCGGCGGAUUGGUAUUCCGUGCGUUAGAGUAUCCAGCUGAAAUGGCUAAACAGGAUUUUCAUAGGGAACGUGUUCUAAGUGAAAGAUGGAAUUUAAUACGUUUUGUAGCUCAAUGGACAAACGGGACUGAGUAUUUUAAUGGCGUUGAAGAGCUGCUAAGCCAUCAUUUAGCUAUUUACGAAAAGGUGUUAGAAGAAGCGUCAUCAGAUGGCAUAUCGUUAGAAGUAGAAAAGAAUUUCCCACCAACCGAAGAAAGAUGGAGCAUUUUGCAAGCUGUAUUUUUUUCUUCAACAGUGCUCACUACUAUAGGUUACGGUAACAUAGUGCCGGUAACAUUUUGGGGAAGGUUGUUUUGUAUCGCUUACGCCUUGAUAGGAAUACCAUUCACAUUAACGGUCAUCGCUGAUCUAGGCAGAGUUUUCGCUACAUGUGUUUCCUUUAUCGCUAAACAUCUACCGUCACCACCUAAAUGUUGUACAAGAGUGACAGAAGCCAAUCCUGCCGGUCAGAGAUCUCUUUACGCACUCGGAGCAGUUGGGUUUUUGUUUGUGUAUCUGUCAGCUGGGGCUGGCUUGUUCAAGAUGUGGGAGGAUGAUUGGACCUUCUACGAUGGAUUCUAUUUUUGUUUCAUCACGAUGACGACCAUUGGAUUCGGAGAUAUUGUACCAAAGAGACCGAAAUACAUGCUGCUUUGUACGUUGUACAUUUUGAUUGGUUUGGCGCUAACCUCAACUAUUAUUGAGCUGGUGCGGAGACAGUACGCAAGAUCUUGGCAGCAAUUGCGCGCGCUGUCUGGUCCCCUAGCUGACACGCUGAGAAGACUAGGCGACGCCGGCCGAGGUGUCGACGUCUCUAGCCUACACAGUGACCUUAGGAAAGUUUUAACUGUGGUUACAAUGCCGCGUCUGAGCAGCGCCGGUGGUGGAGCACUAUCGGAAAAGCGUCGCUUAGAACUGGAGGCAGCCGUCGAAGCGGUCAUCAGGGACAUCACAUCUCCAGUACAGCAAAAGCCUCCGAUCGUCCAAAUUGUCAUUUACGAAUCGUCUGUUUGAAUUACUUUUUGACUCUUUCCAAUGCUAUCGAGCUUAGGCGUGUUUAAAAUGCUGCAAUUCUGCAAAAGAUAUACUUUGAAAAAUACGUAUGCCCAGCCAGCAAAUUGGUGACGCUGAAUAAAAUUAAAUGUGGUGUGUUUAUAGUUCAAGCGUUUUAUCGAAAAAAAAAAUCUUGACAUUCGAAUAAUUCGAAUAAAAUGUCUGUGCUUCGACAUUGAUCUAAUAUACAAAAUAUUCUUAAUUUUACGCAUAGAUUAUGUAUAUUGAUAUUGUUAUGGUGUCGGAUCACGGAGUUCUUUUUGCGUGCUUUUCAAGCAUUAUGAUAAGUUCAAGGGUGUUUCACUUCUAUAUUAACAUGCUAUUAGCACUGCCUUCAUGAGACACGGCACAAUAUUGUUAAGAUUUACUGUACAUUUUGGAGUCCUUGUAUGUAUUUAUUUACUGUGUUUCAAAAGUAAGAAAAAAAAUUAUUAAUAUAAAACCGUAUGAGAAAUGAAAUACUUUAAAAGAAGCUGGUAUUGGAUAUAUAACAGACUUUAAUGAUAUAAUUUAUUACCAAUAUCAAUGGAAGUUAUCUUAGUUUUUAUUUAUUUGAUAUGACCAAAAAUUAAAAUGCAAACCUUUACCUACAAGUAGACAUUUUAUUUUUUUAAACAUAUUGAAAAUAAAAAACAGUACUAUAGUUAAACAUUUUAAUACUCAGCACAACUAGAGAAUAGUUUUCGUUAUGACUUCCAUCACGAUAGCUAUUAGAAAUCACGAAUUACCGAAAAACAACAAUUAACAGUGUUUAACACGGUUUAUGUUUGUGGGGAACAAUUUAAGGAUACACAUUUUUGUGUUUAAAAGGUUAGUGAUACUAAAAUACAUAAUAUUAUAUGACUAAUUGUAUUCGAUUACGUUUAAAACGGCUUUUGAUUUUGAUUUUUAAUUUAAUAGUACUAUGAAAUUAUGCGUUUCAAUGACAGAAGAGCUCAAGAGUCCCUUGACACUGCAAUACGAAUACCGCCAAGCGCAUUUAGACAUUACGUCGAAAUUUCACUUGCAUUAGGAUUGCUGCUUUCGAGUAGUUGCAGCCCGUGUCGGCUCAUGACGCGAAUAAAGGGAGUUAAUAGUAAUAAUUAAAUCAUUACAAAGAUGGACUGAUCAUAGGAAACAGAACAGAUACCAGGAGUAGUCAGGGAUAGCAU